AUGCAGUUGUCAAAAUUAACAUCAAAAUCCCCAUUCUUCUUCUUCCAUUGCCGGGACAUGCCGAAAGAUUAUGGGAAUAGCAACACGAAACCCACUUACACGCAGAUCCUUGUGGCCUCGUCAAUUGGGCUGAUUAUAGCAGCUGCCAUGCAUUACCGUCUUAGGAAGAUAAGAGAUCAGAGGAUCGUGCCCCGGAUAACACUCUCUGAAAUCGGGCAGGUUUUGGACAUUGAGAGAUUCGGACAUUAUGUUGCAAGGCAAAUGGGAUUUAGAGAGAUAAGAGAAUGCCCAAACCUGUGCAAGUUGGCCUCGGAUUACAUAAGGAAAGCCGAAGGUUGUGAAGAGGAAAUGUACGCUUUUUUCGCGAGUGAACCUGAUGUCGACUCCUUAUUCAUUAAGCUGGUUGAGGAGCUCGAGAGAUGUAUUCUUAGCUACUUUGCCUUCCAUUGGAGGCAUGCUUCCUUCAUGCUAAGCCAGGUGCUGAGUGCUGAAAUCGAGCCGAAAAAGAAGCUCAAGCACAUUGUCAUGGCAGCCACGAGAGAACAGAGAUUCGAAAGGGUGACAAAGAAUCUAAAGGUGGCUAGAGUGUUUACCACAUUAGUGGAGGAGAUGAAAGCCAUUGGGCUUGUGUCCCUCGACGACUCACAGUGCACGAAUGUGAUGGUCCCUAUGGCCCACAAAGACCGAAGCCCAAUGCUCCUCCUCAUGGGUGGUGGAAUGGGAGCCGGCAAAAGUACCGUGCUCAAGGACAUUCUCAAAGAACCAUUCUGGGCCGGAGCAUGUGGGAAUGCGGUUGUGAUAGAAGCUGAUGCAUUUAAAGAGUCAGACGUUAUAUAUAGAGCCCUUAGCUCAAGGGGGCAUCAUGACAUGCUUCAGACUGCUGAGCUGGUGCACCAAUCAUCUACAGAUGCAGCCUCAUCCCUUUUAGUAACCGCACUCAACGAAGGCCGAGAUGUGAUAAUGGACGGAACUCUCUCGUGGGUCCCGUUUGUAAUGCAAACAAUAACCAUGGCUAGGAAUGUUCACAGGCGAAGGUACCGUAUGGGAGCUGGCUACAAAGUAAACAAAGAUGGAAUUGUGACUGAGAAUUACUGGGAACAAAUUGAUGAGGAACAAGAACAGGAUGGAAAUAGGAAGAGAAGGCCCUACAGGAUAGAAUUGGUCGGUGUUGUUUGUGAUGCCUAUUUGGCAGUUAUUCGGGGAAUAAGGCGAGCCAUAAUGUGUAGAAGAGCAGUAAGAGUGAACUCACAGCUAAAAUCACAUAAGAGAUUUGCAGAUGCAUUCAAAACUUACUGCCAAUUAGUGGAUAAUGCUCGUCUCUACAGCACCAAUGCUUUGGAAGGCCCUCCAAAGUUGAUAGGAUGGAAGGAUAAGGACAAGAAUUUGCUGGUGGACCCAGAUGAGAUUAAGUGUCUGGACAUUGUAGGAAGGUUGAACGAGGAAGCAGACUCUAUUUUCGAGCUGUAUAAGAGGCCCCACCCGGCUUACCAGGCGGGUUCUGUCUGGAACGAUAUAGUCUUAUCGCCCUCAAGGGUGAAUAUCCAGAAGGAGCUCAAAUAUUCAAUUCAGAGAAUCGAGAGACUAAGGGAUUGA